UUUUGGCUUUGGCAUAUGUCAGUUUCGCAGUUGUCGUGUGAUUUACUCCUCUGAUAGUUUGAUGGUUCUCUUUUCGUCAAAUCACAACAAUCGCCAUGGAGGAAUUUAAAUUUGACUUAAUUGAAAGCCUGCAUAGUCAAUACCUAGAUUUCAUUUGUGAUCAGAUUUUUGCAUAUUUGGAUUACAAUUCUUUGACGAAUUCAGAAAUGGUCUCAGUUGUUUGGAAAAAGAUCAUAUCCAAAGGGGAGUUCUGGAAGGUGAUGGUGGAAAGAAAGAAAAAAGUGUUGCCGUAUUGGAAAAAAGUGUUUGAUGCUGUUAAAGUAUUCAAAGAUCAAGAGCUGCUGAGUCGUGGAAAUGCUGAUGCUUCUGAACGUCAUUGUGAGUACUACCACACAAUGUAUUGUCUGGUGGAAGAUGAAAUUCAAAAGAGUGUGGAUUCAAACUGGAGAGCUGGAGGAAAAUAUCAGCGUGUAAAAUAUGCAAGCUUUGGAAAUCAAACUUUUGGGGUUCAUGGCUGUGAAUGUGAAGUGGAUUCACAAUGGAUCGUUCAACUACAGCAGCAUUGUCGUAUACUUGUUCGUAAUCGCUGGACCCUCAAACUGGAAAAGGUUCUUGAAAUCCCGUUAACUGAAAUCAAUGGAAGUUAUCCUAAACUGACUCGUUUGAAGAUUAAUUCAAAUUUCAUCACAGCAUCCUUUUGUGUCCACCCAGAAAUUUGCGUUUGGGAUGCAAAAUCACAUGAACUGUUGAGAGUCUUGAAACCUGUUCCGGAGCAAGGAAACCAAGUCGAAGGAGAGUACGAACAAUUCUAUGUGAAAGGCCAUUGCCUAUGGAAUGAUUUGCUACUGUCGUGUUACGCAAGGAUUUCGGAAACCGAUGAGUCGUUCAUUGUGACACUACGUAGAAUUCCCCUGAAUGGCGACGGAGAUGUGACUUUACUUUAUUACCAGAAAGUUCUACCGAAACCCAUAUCCUCUCUGGAAGUUGCAAUGGAUGACGACUAUAUCGUCUUAUUUGUUCCCAAAUAUCCAAAUUUCUACGAGCCCAUGCCCAACUUCAACAUGGACGCAACUUUCGAAAUAGAAAUUCGAUGUGCAGUUUCGUAUGAUGUCCUCCAUAACAUAUCGAUUCCAACGUCGUCACCAUUUCAACGCUUCCAAUUCCAUUAUCUUAAUGGAUUUAUUGUUAUGGGACACACAGAAGAUAAUUUUGUUAGGAUUUGGAGUGCUGGUGAUGGUCGUUGUGUCAAAACCAUUUGCUAUGGCGACAAGGGAUUAUGUGCAAUCAGAAUCAUCUCGGACAAAUACAUCGUCACUUGUGAUGACGACGGUGUAUUGAAGAUCUGGGAUUUCCAAGCAGCUCUCAUUCACCCGGAGCCAUUCAACUCUAAUUUCCUGAUCAGACAAAACUCCCACCUGAGAGCCAUCCCCCGUGCAGCUUCGGUUAAACCAUCUGUGGUAUCUUCGAAGGUGAAGAGGAUCGAUGCCCGCAAGAAAACGCCGCGUGUUCCGCCAAUUGAAUACAUGGGAUCUACCUGCAUGGUGGCCGACGAACUGCAAACGAUCCUUGUUUCUCAUUCGGAGGAUGGUUCUUCCUAUUUGCACGUUGAAACCUUCUUGAACGCAGCCUAAUGGGAAAGCCAGUAAUGUAAGUCUUCCACCCUGCCUGCUUUAUAGUCUUUACCAUUCUCUUUUGUCUUUUUAAUGCGUUAAAAUUCCCGUUUAAAAGUGACGUAACAUUUUUAAAAAUUCGCAUUUGUUUCUCACUCAAAACUCCACUUUGCUAUCGUUCCACUAACCUUACCGAAAAUAUUUUGAAA